GUCCCUCCUGUCGCUGAAAUCCACAAAGACCUGGAUCUUCCGUUGAAGAAACAGAAACUGGCAGAGAUCCACAACGGCAUAAACUCAGUGCCAUACAACAUGCAGCACAUACAACAAAUCUACGCCAACCUGGAUCCCGUUUACAUCCAGUGUUUGCAAGAAUUCUCCACGGUCAACAGACAUAUAUCAGCUUUCAAACCGGUCGUACAAAGCAUAAAAGAGUCCAAGCUGAGGCAUGCAACUGCUCUGGGUAGAUAUCCUACCGACCCGCCAGUUUUGCAAAAUCCCGAGAGGGUCGUUCUGAUGUCGGACAGCGAAAGAUUCGAACGUAGUUAUCAACCGAAUGUAGCCUUGGCACCGCCAACUCCGAAAAAGUUCAGAUAUGGGAGGAGCGGGGAGUUUAAUUCCGUCAAAACUGAGACUGCUUCGCCAGAAAAAACGCCACAAGAGGCUAAUAACGUUGACUCUGUAAAGGAAAAUAAUGUCGAUAAAGAAUCUGUUAUCGAAUCAGUUGUUCAGAGUAGGCCGAAGUACAAUCCAGAAAUAGAACUGUCCACCGAUACUGAAGACAGCGCGUCCGAAACCUCUGAAAAGCAAAUGGAAUAUGGCAAAGUGGAAGAGGUUCUGAAAGGAGUUGAAAAUGGCAUCAAGGACAGAGUUCUAGAAUUCAUGAAGUUGCUGGCGAAGGAAAACGAUCGAUUGUUGCAAGAAUGUCGAAAUAAAGACAGUAAAAUCAGUGAUUUGGAACUGAGUAAUUCCGAAUUGUUGAAAGAAUUACAGAAACUCAAAGGUGCCGAAAGUGAAAAGAAAAAAAUUGUUCAGAAUGGAGAUUCUCUUUCCGAGUGUAAUGACGUUCACAGUUCUUCCAUAAUCACUUCUACAGAUAGUAUUGUUUCUUCGGAAACUAAAGUAAAUGACGCACAACAAAAAAGUGUUAUCGCUUCAGUUGGUGAGCAAAAGGAGGCGAUUUCGAAAACGGCACCCGAAUGAUCGGUAAUUGUAACCCGUCACGGUUUUUCUUAACGUGUUAUCAGACGCGGAACGAGCAAAAAUUACUAUUUCAAGUACUGAUAUUUAUUAUAAUUCUUUUACAAAAGACACAGGAGGUGCUGGAGGGGAAUAUAAUUUCGUGAAUUUUCCUUUUUUUUCAAGGAAAAAUACAUUUCUGACGUUUUGUUACAGAUGUAAUCGUUUUAGAAACUCAGUCAUAGAAAAAUAUCUUUAUAUUUCCAACUUUAAAACACGAAUAACGUAUAAAGACAUAUUGAUAGUUUUUUGGUGUAAAGUUUUUGUAACUCUUACAAAACUAAAUUGAUACGAUUCAGUUCGUUGUAAUUUUGAAAAGUGAUGAUAUUGGCCCAGAAACCAUCAGGGUCAUCAAGUGGAUAUUCCAUAAUUACCCACUGUGUUGGAAAUUAUUGAAAAAUGUUCCCUCCACCCAUAACUUGGAUAACGCAAUAACGUCUGACUGUUUUUGGGAGGGUAACUCGUGUACUGGACAUUUCUGGUUUUUCACUCCCCUAAAAUUGAAAUAACACCCGGGGAGGGGGAAGCUACAUAGUAUUUGGGGAACUUCAAAAAGUUUCGAUACAGGUGAUUUUUGACAUGUAAAUUUUACGACUAAACAUAAACCAAAUACCUUUCGAUUGUCGCCCUCUCUGCCCGUAGAUGAGAUACUAUCCAAUCACAUUUCCGAAUGGCCCAAAACUGUUCUCAAAAUAAAGUAUUACUUGAAUACAUUUUUAUGUUAUAGACCCAACAUCGAUGUUUUUUUGUCAUUAUAUUCAAGAGUAUGGACGUAUGGGUCUAGUUGUUUUUUGUGCCCUCGUAAUUGUCAUAUUGUGAUAAAACUUCAAAUCGUGAAUUUGGGAACCUCUGUUAUUUUGUAAAAGACGUCAAUUAAUCGACUUUUCCGAACUGAUGUAAAUUUUUGCUCUGUAAUACUGUAUUGUUGCUUCGGAUAUGUUUGUAAAUAUUGUAAAGAAACUCGAGAUUGUCGUACUAGAUUCGCAGAAUGAUCUAAAUUUUGUUUUGGAUUCGCUUUUGUACAUUAUGCGUUGUAGAAUUUGUAUGUUUUUCGGAAACAUAAUCGUUAGGUUUUUCUCAAAACUGUUCUUGUUAUGAUUGUUUUAAUUUAUGAUAUUAAAAACUGUUACUCAGUAAUAUUUUUAUGACUUAAUAGUACAAACCAAGGUGUGAAACACCUGAAAAUAUAUUCUUUAUGCAUACAGGAUGUUAUGUUGUUGAUGUGUUCAUUUCAAAAUGUAUUAUAUUCGGAAACGUUCGUAAUUUUCUAGGGGAACGAAUGAAUGGAUAUUUUAUUUUAUAAAGAAUAUAUUAACGAUUAAUGAAUAUAACAAUAUAAUAUUCUGUAAAUGGUUUAGCAAGACCUUUUUAAUUCUCAGAAGAUCAUGUAAAGAUUCUGAUUUGAAUGUGAUUUAUAAAUGAAUGAGUGAAUGAUUGAUGAAGCUCUGUUUAUAGUCACUUUUUAGAUUCAUCGUAGAUCUACCAAGAAAAUACCAGGCCCUAGUAAAUGACCGAUUCUGAAUAAUGGAUUAAUUUAUAAGAUUCCAGUUCCUUCAAAACCUUCCCAGAUUACUUUGCCAAUUUUUAUAUCAUUUAUUAAGUGUUUUCAUUAACACUGUGUACAUGCAAAGCACUGUUUGGGACCUUGUAUUAAUGAAUAUUACUACAUUAAAGUCAUAAUUUCGAGUUCAAACUCGUAAUUUCGAGUUCUGAGUCGUACUUUCGAGUUCAAAGUCGUAAUUUCGAAUUGUUGUGAGUUCAGAGACGUAAUUUUGAGUUCGGAGUCGUACUUUCGAGUUCAAAGUCGAAAUUUCGAGAUCAAAGUCGUAAUUUCGAGUUCAAAGUCAUAAUUUUGGGAUCAAAAUCGUAGUUUCGAAAUCAAAGUCGUGAUUUCGAGUUCUGAGUCAUACUUUCGAGUUCAAAGUCAUAAUUUCGAGUUCAAAGUCAUAAUUUCGGGAUCAAAAUCGUAAUUUCGAAAUUAAUUCGAAUUUUGAGUCGUACUUUCGGGUUCUAAGUCGAAAUUUCUAGAUCAAAUUCAAAAUUUGUUACUUCGAAAUCGAAAUAUUCGGUUCAAAAUCCUAUUUUCGAGUUUGAAGUCAUAAUUUCGGGAUCAAAGUCGUAAUUUCGAGAUCAAAAACGUUACUUCAAGUUCAAAAUCGUAAUUUCGAGUUCUGAGUCGUA